CUUUUAUCAAUUUGUGUGCAUAAAGAAUUAUUUGGUCGAAGAACACAAAGGAAAAAAGACCAAGGACUUUUCAACCAUAGACUCUUUCAACGCUCACUCUCUUAGGCAUUAAAGUCUAUGCUUCAUGACAGAGACUUUUGAACCUUCCCCUCCAUCUCCCUCCCCACCAAUCUUCUUAACUCACAUUUAUGAUUUAUGGUUCUGCUAUUCUGAUUUUUCUAUUCUUUCAAAUCUAGAAUAAAAGAAAAUUCUUCUUUCAUGGAGACGAUUCUGUAGCAUUUGCUCUAAUGGCGGCCUCCAACACCAAACAUGCUUCUUCUUCAGCUAUCCUAUUCACUGUCGUCUGCCAGCUGCUCCUGUUUCUCUCCUUCUUCGUAGCCGGUCAGUCGCCGCCGCCCUACAAACCCAUCGACGAUAUAGUCCUUGAUUGUGGUUCCUCCGGCAAUUCAACUGUACAAGGGGACCCCCGCACUUGGGUUGGAGACAUCGACUCCAAAUUCUUCUCUUCCAAUCUCCAUAAGAAUGGCGCCUCAGUCACUGCACAGGCGGACGGGCCGUCGUCCUCUUCAGUCCCUUAUUUAACCGCGCGGCUGUCACGCUCGGAAUUCACCUACGCUUUUCCGGUGAGUCCCGGCCAGAAGUUCGUUCGGCUUUACUUCUACUCUGCUCCUUACCCCAACUUCGACCGCUCCAGAGCCGUCUUCUCUGUCACAGCUGGUCUCUACACUCUCCUUCGCGAUUUCAAUGUUUCCGUCAACGCUGAUGCUUCUCGUAAUGAUGAAGUUUUUCGAGAGUACUGUGUGUAUGUGGAUGAAAAUCAUAACAUACUCAAUCUUACAUUCACUCCCACAGAUCAGAACUCGUAUGCUUUUAUCAGUGGGAUUCAGAUUGUAUCCAUGCCCACUAAUUUUUAUUAUACGCCGCCGGAGCCUAACGAUCAAGGCGGUCGGGGAUUGAAGCUAAUUGGUCAGAAUAAUCAGUUUUUCCCCAUUGAAAACUCCACGUCUCUCGAGACGGUAUAUAGGAUGAAUAUUGGUGGAAGUUUUAUCUCACCCUCUAAAGACACUGGAAUGUUCCGAACCUGGUCAGAGGAAAGUAAUUUGAUGGAUGCGUACAUAUUCGAUGCUCGCCCUUUUAACUUGAUUAUCCACCUCAAUUAUACUAAAUUUCCGCCAUACACAGCACCAGAUGAUGUCUAUCGCACUGCUCGAACGAUGGGACCAAAUGUUACGCUGAAUAAGAGCUACAACCUCACAUGGGAGUACCUUGUAGAUCCUGGAUUCGUUUACAUGCUUCGCCUUCAUUUCUGCGAGAUUGAGAGUAGAAUCAACAAUCCAGGUGACAGAGUUUUCUUGAUUUACAUUCAAGAAAUGAUCGCCGAGUCAUCCGCAGACGUUAUUUUUUGGGCUGGCGGGAAAGGGAUUCCGAUUCGCAGAGAUUAUGUUGUGAAUGUGCCUAGUAGCAAAGGCGAAAAGACAGUGAAUCUCUCCGUUAAGCUCCAAGCAAACCCAAAUGACGUUCUAACUAGAUUUACCAAUGUCAUCUUGAAUGGUAUUGAAAUCUUCAAAUUAAAUGACUCGAGUGGCAACCUCGCCGGUCAAAAUCCAGACCCAAAUCCCACCAUCCCCACCCAACCUCUUCCACCAUCGACGCCACAAUCGAAGAAUUCAAACAGUAAAGUGGUGGCGAUUGUAGUACCUGUCGUGGUUGGAGGAGUGAUCGCCAUGUUAGCUUUGGGUUUGUUUGUUUUCCGGCGACGUAGGACAUUUACGGACCAGACCUCCACCGAUGGAACUACUUGGUGGGCUCCAUAUUCCAUUUCAACGAACAAGUCGAGCAAAACUCGCAGCUCGAAUCUCCCCUCUAAUCUAUGCCGUUAUUUUUCAUUGGCUGAGAUCAGAGCCGCCACCAAAGAUUUCGACGAUAUUUUCAUCAUCGGCGUCGGCGGAUUUGGCAACGUGUACAAAGGCAACAUUGACGACGGAGCAACCCAAGUGGCAAUCAAACGAUUGAAACCAGGUUCCAAGCAGGGAGCGCACGAGUUUAAAACAGAGAUCGAGAUGCUCUCACAACUUCGCCAUCUCCAUCUCGUCUCUCUAAUUGGGUACUGCAACGACGGCAACGAAAUGAUUCUAGUCUACGAUUACAUGUCCCACGGAACCCUUCGAAACCACCUCUACGGCAACGACGACGAACUUCCCCUGACGUGGCAGCAGCGCCUCCAGAUCUGCAUCGGAGCUGCAAGAGGGCUACACUACCUCCACACCGGAGCCAAACACACCAUCAUCCACCGCGACGUCAAAACGACUAACAUUCUACUCGACGAGAAAUGGGUCGCGAAGGUCUCUGAUUUCGGAUUGUCGAAAGUGGGGCCGACGAGCAUGUCCAAAGCCCACGUCAGCACGGUGGUCAAAGGUAGCUUCGGAUAYCUAGAUCCAGAGUACUACCGACGGCAGCAGUUGACAGAAAAAUCCGACGUGUACUCAUUCGGAGUGGUCCUCUGCGAAGUACUCUGCGGUCGUCCAGCAUUGAUGCGCACCGCCGACAAGAAGCAAGCGUACCUCGCCGAUUGGGCGCGGCGAUGCCACCGCGACAACACGGUGGCUCAGAUCAUCGACCCGAAAAUCAAGGACGAGAUCUCGCCGGAGUGUUUGAGAAAAUUCAUGGAGAUGGCGGUGAGUUGCAUCCAAGAUGAUGGAAUCAAGCGGCCGGCGAUGAACGAUGUGGUGUGGGGAUUGGAGUUUGCAUUGCAAUUGCAGGAGGCGACGAAAAAGAAGAAGGGAGGGGACGAUGGCGGCGGUGGCGGCGAAGAGCGGUGGUUGAUGGAGGAGAUGUUCAGUAGUACCGUUGACGAGAAACUCGGGUCGUCGGCGUUGGGCGUAAGCAGUGAUGUGACCACAAGCAAUGGUGACGGUUCGAGUGUUGCGUAUAGUAAAGGGAUGUCGGGGACUGUUUUCUCUGAGAUUAAGGACCCCACUGCAAGAUAACGAAGAAGAAGAUGGCUGAUUUGCAAAUUUUUUUUUGUGUCAAGGGGCUUUUUGACAAUAUUUAUAGUUUCAAAAAUUAUGGGAAUGAGUUGUUUAUAAACAAAGUGUCACGUAAUUCACAAAACAAGCAUAGUUGAAGUGGUUAAAGUACUAUUUCCUUAAUCUGAGAUAUAAGAAAUAAGAUUUAAAGUUGUAUA